GUACCCGUUCCGUUACUGUUAAAUUCCUCCAUUUCCACGCCCUCGUUUCCUAGGAAAUCGCUGGUUUUCAUUUGCCAGAUUUUAUUUCCUUGUUACUAUUUGAUUGUAAUUCUCCCAAGUUAAAAUUCUCCGCCUCUCCAAAAUUGCUGAUGAAAAUAAUGGAGGGAAACAAAAGCGAGUUCUGAUUCAAAGCUUCUACUGUUUUGGAAGUUAGUUUGUGAAUAAUGGAUAGUUUACAAGAUCCUUGUAAUCUUGAAUCUAGUGGAGAUGCAAGGAGAGACAGAAUACUUGAUCCUGGUACUUGUUCAUCUAGUUCUAACACUGGGUACCGGUUAUUUGAUCGCCAACGAACAAUUCACCAAAUAAUUGGUGGAGGUAAAGCUGCUAAUGUUAUCUUGUGGAAACAACGGCAUGUUUCAUGUGGCAUCAUAAUUGUAGCUACGGUUGCAUGGCUUCUGUUUGAGUACUCAGGAUUGUCAUUCUUAUCAAUUUGCUCAGAUGUAUUUCUUAUCUUAAUAGUGUAUCAGUUUCUUCGAGCAAACUAUGCUGCUUUCGUAAAUAACAGACAAGUUCCACCAUUGCCUGAACUGGAGUUGUCAGAGGAGUUGGUUAACAGUGCGGCAGCUUCUUUUCGUGUUAAAAUCAAUCACAUGCUCCUCAUGGCACAUGAUAUUACUCUUGGAAAGGACUUCAGACUAUUUUUUAAGGUGGUGGCUUGUCUUUGGCUUUUGUCUGUCAUUGGUGGCCUCUUCUCAUUCUUCACACUCGCGUAUAUUGGAACCAUUGUUUCGAUUACGAUUCCAGCCUUGUACAGUAGAUAUGACGAACACGUGGAUAGAUAUGCUGGGUUUCUCCAUCAGAAAUUCUCGAAGCAUUAUAGAACAGUGGAUGAGAAUGUUAUCAGCAGACUUCCUAGGAGCUUGUCUAAAGACAAAGAUACAUAAGCUUAGAGAGUUUCUACGUAAGUUUUUCUCUUUUCAGGGUUUGUAUAGUGUUAUUUGGAGUAUUAGGACAGAGUGCAAAUUGACUGAUUAAGUGUCAACUCAACUGUCAACUCUAUUCAUUUGAUUAGACAUUGAAAACAAAUUAUUUUCAAGUAUUUCGACUCAUAUGUCAGGGCUGUGGAAAAGGUGCGACUGCGUAGGGUCUGGCAUGGUAAAACAUUAAUGGGUAUCUAUAUAUAGUUAGUACAAUUUUUCUUUAACUUGGGUUAUAGAUUAGAAGGAUUUUAUGACCCUAAAUUACUCUCCUUUCCCUCAAAUUCAAUCGAAUUUAUUUUUUUAUUUUAUUUUUUUGGGGAAUACUACACAUUAUGGAUAUGAUAGUUUCACCUCUUUUAAUGCUUAUAUUAGUGCGAAUUUAUUGUUUUCCUGAUGAUUAUGUUUCGGUCUUGUGGUAGCAGUAGCAUUACUGGUUUAGGUCUAAAUGGUUAAUAGUUUUUGUUUCUCACAAAUGAUUGUAUGAAUUGAAUAAUGGAACUGUGCUUGUUCAGGUAAAUAAUGAUCAAUUUGUGACUUCUUAGUA